AGCGAGCACUUGCCCAUCAGUUGAGGACUGAAGUGCAGUCAGACAGAGGGCACCAAGCUGAAGCUACGAAGACCAUGAACGGAGCAGUGACAGUCUACUUUCUGGCCCUCGUCUUCAUAACCCAAGCAGCCAAGAAACCCAAGCCGGAAGUGCCCAAGACGACGAAACAGUGGACACCAAAACCUCCUGUCAAUGCUGAGGAGGUCGGAAAACAUUUCGAAGGGGACAUAAUACUUCCCCUACCGGGGCUGGACAGAAGCGGCUUGAUUGACGAAAAGUACCGGUGGCCGAAUGGAGAAGUGCCUUAUGAGAUUGGUGAUGGCUUCAGUGAGUAUGAAAUGGAAGAGUUGUACAGAGCCAUGCGGGAGUACGACAUAAGGACAAAAAGCUGCAUCCAGUUCAUUAAACACACUAACCAGACAGACUACCUCGUCAUCAGAAGCAGCAAGUUUGGUGGAUGCAGCAGUUCGGUAGGGAGAAGAGGCGGGGAGCAAACCAUGGAACUUGAUAGCAAGUGUUUCCGUAAGUUCGGCACCAUUCUGCACGAAAUGUUACACACUCUCGGCUUCUUCCACGAGCAAUCACGCACCGACCGCGACAGCUAUGUAAAGAUCAUAUGGAAGAACAUUAACGAUGAUUACCAGAGCAACUUCAGGAAGUACUCGAGCGCUAUGGUUGGCCCCUUCGGCGUCGGCUACGACUAUGGUUCAGUCAUGCACUACAGCUCGUUUGCCUUUUCAUCUAACGACCUCAAGACCAUUGUUCCCUUGGACACCACGGCCAAAAUCGGACAACGUCUCGAUUUGAGUAAAUUCGACGUGAGGAAGCUGAUGAACAUGUACAAAUGUGAAGAAAGGGAAUAAGACGUACUCAUGCUGGACAGUGGACCAUGUUUGAUUAUUUAAACAUCACUCACGCCACGCAGACCACAGACUUACGUACUAGACUUCUCGCCAAGGCCCUGCAAGUGACGCUGGGUCGGCGGCCGUGAGUGUGCCCAGUUCCUCCAAAAUCGAUGACUUCACACACCUCACUCCCACCCGGUUUCCUGACCCCAUAAUACAUUAUUAUAUUAUUGUAA